AUGGUAGAAGUGAAAGUGAUAUUUAUGAUUCAUACCAAGAGUAGAACCGUAACGCGAUCAUCUGCUGAUGUAGAGUUCAAUACUCUUGGUCGUGGACCCAUUGAUGUCGACCUGGACCCGGGUCAGGGACAAAUAUCAGUUCCAGGAACAAUUGGAGCAGUCGUGGUAGAAAAGCCAGCCGAAGUAGAUGAAAGUUUCUCCCAAGCAGCUCCACUAGUCUAUCAUUAUGGACAUACAACCAUGAGUAUUAAUUCAACUUUGUACAACACUUUAAUAUCUCGUAUGGCAGAAGUUAUUCAUCAACGAAUGGAUGAAAAUCCUAGAAAUGGUUACACGACAAAUGAGGUAGUUGAAAGGAGUAAUAAGUUGAGAUUGGAAGGUAGAGAAUUGGAGGUGCCACCCAUUCCAAAUACAUUGAUGCCAUCAGAUAUGCAAAAAACUGAUUUAGAUACAAAACUUGAGCCUGUUACUCCAGAAAUUGAUGACAGAAUUAAGGCCGACAACAUGAAGUCAGGAGACUUAGAUUGUGACGAAGUAACAAAAAAGAAGCAAAAAAAAAGACAAUGUGACUAG